ACCACGAUGCUGAUGAUAAUAAGUAACCAGCAAUCAAUCAAUCGCUUCUUUCACUCGGAUGGACCAGGUUUGCCCCUUGCAGGUUGUCUCCAAGUCAAGUUGUCUGACUCUCUCGGUCCGAAAUGGGAGAGAAACGAGGCAGCGGAAUGCAGUCCCUAUAAUGGCCUCCCGACGAACUGCUGCUGCAGGAUGCCUAGGUCCUGUCUCAUACCAGAGUUCUGACUGCCAGAACAAUUUAUCCGAUGGUUCAUGCAGCCCGUCUACACGGCGUCGAUGAUGGAUAAUAUUACCGUUAUGCCUUUUCUUAUUCUGCCUGCGCUAGUACUGUUGCACAGGCAUGCCGAUGACGAAAUCAUCGCAGUCUAAUCUUAUAGCUCAGCCCUCUCGCUCUCUGCACAUUCUUCCCCCAAAAUCCCUUCGUUACCGUCCCCAGAUCAUCCUGAGAAUCGAAAAUACCCUGUAAACCAUGUUUGCUGCCCAUCGUCUGGCUACCCGUCUCCGUGUGAGACCACAGGCAGCGUCCUUCCAUAACACAGCACCGGCAUUCGUCCAGAAAGGAGAUGCUAUUCCAGACCUGGACGUCUUGGUCGAAGGAUCGCCCGGUAACAGGGUCAAUCUUGCAAAGGAGAUCAAGGGGAAGGGUCUGAUCAUCGGAACCCCGGCUGCCUUUAGCCCUGCGUGCUCUAGCUCUCAUAUCCCCGGCUACAUCGCUCAUCCCAAGCUGAAAGAGGCUGGCCAGGUUUUUGUCAUUUCCGUGAACGAUCCAUUCGUGACUAAGGCAUGGGGCACUACUCUCGACCCUGCAGGCAAAAGCGGCAUUCGUUUCCUGGGUGAUCCUACCGGCAAGUUCUCUGAAGCACUCGAUGUGACUUUUGACAGCACAGCGAUUUUUGGAAAUCAGCGAAGCAAGCGAUACGCCCUCGUAGUCGAGGAUGGGAAGGUCAAGGAGGCCUAUGUGGAGCCGGACAACACCGGAGUCAAUGUCUCCGCGGCGGGCAACGUUCUAGGUUGAAAUGACGCGCAGUUGGAUACGUAUAACUGGACCAUAUCUAUCAAUGUAAAUCCCUAUUACCACCAGCUAUGUGGACAACACAAACUAGAUAGUGCAUCAAUCAAUGUACACGAAUCAAUCCUUCGAACGCC